GUAUUCGAUGCUUGUUGCAAAUAUUAGCUUGCUUAAGAAGGAAGGAAGGAAGGGAGGAGGGAUGAGGACACUUUAGUGCAUUGACUUGCAAAGGAGAAGAACAGAAAAAAUCCAGAGAAGAAGGAAACUUUCGUUUCAGUCAAGGCGAGUGCUUCAUCAGUUCACAUCUCUCUCUCUCUCUCUCUCUCUAGAACACUCACUGCGAGACCUUCAGCUCUCACUCUCACAGCGCUCUCUCUCUCUCUAUCUCUCUCUCUUUCUCUCCCUCCCCGUUUGUGAGGGAUUGAGCUCAUCACAUCCAUGGCUUCUCCGGGGGCAACCCAGAACCCGUCGUCUCCGGCGCCGGUCCCUUCCUUCGACAUGCGCAAGUUCUUCAACCACCCGAGUACCUUUAGUUCAACUGAUGCUUCUGGUGAGGCUGUCAUCAGUUCGAGUCUUCAUUCUGUUGAAGCUGCUGUCCCUCAAAUUAUGCAGGAGAAGCUUAAUCGGGAUGCGAUUAAUUCAGCUUCGUCAAUGACCCACACACUGAAUGGAGAACUGGCGGAAGCUCAGAGAAAGCUUAGAUGUCUUGCACUUGGUGGAGCAAACCCAAGUGCCAUAAGCCCAUUAGUUACUCAACCGAGCAAUGGGCCUUUGGGUAAACUACAUGAAAAGCAGGUUAUUGAUCCAAGAAAAGAACUGUCAAGAUUAAUAUCCGAGCGCAAAUAUGAGGAAGCAUUCACCUCAGCCCUGCAGAGAAGGGAUGUCUCAACCCUCAAUUGUCCCCUGGUUAUGCCAUCAGAGAAGAAGAUAAUGCACUACAGCAGCAAUCACAACAUACUGUUGGUUGGAGAAGGCGACUUCUCCUUUGCAGCCUGCUUAGCUCGAGCUUUCGGCUCUGCUCCUCACAUUGUCGCCACUUCCCUAGAUUCCCGAGUGAAAUUGGAGUCGAAGUACUCGAGAGCCAGCAUAAACUUGGAAGAGCUUGAGUAUCGGGGAUGUACGGUUCUGCAUGGAGUGAACGCCCACACAAUGAGUGAACACCCGAGCCUCAUACAUAAGUCUUUCGACCGUAUCGUAUAUAAUUUCCCCCAUGCAGGUUUCUUCGACAAAGAGGAUGACCCUCUACAGAUUAAGGUUCAUCGGGAACUCGUUGAAGGGUUCCUCAAGAGUGCAAGCUCAAUGCUGAGUUACAAUGGACAAGUUCAUAUUACCCACAAGACAGCCUAUCCUUUCAGCGCAUGGGACAUAGUCGGUUUGGCCAAGAAAGUUGGGUUGUACUUGCUCGAUGAAGACAAGUUUAUGCCCAAGAGGUACCCAGGGUAUGUCAAUAAGAGAGGAGAGGGUCCUCGAUGUGAUGAAAGUUUUCCCAUUGGGUCGUGCAGUACGUAUAAGUUCAUCAACCUUUGACGGGAUCUUCUAAUAAGUUAUUAGCGACUAGUGACAUAUAAUUGGGCGCAUGACUUCCAUUGUAAUGAUCAUUAGCACGAUUGGCAUAUUAGUCUUUUGUAUGUCGAUUUUUACAUUAUUCCUAGAAUGAAGAGUGUGUAUAUUUAUAUAUAUAAUGCAGUAUCCGCGCGAUGCACCUUUGACAUU